AUGAUCACCUCCUGGGUCGUUCUGACCUCUGCCCAGCUGGGCAGCAAGUGGUUGGGUGCCCAAGCACCUCUCCCAGCGACGCUCCCACCAACCGGGACGUGCACGUUCAAAGCCGCAGCAACGUGCACGGCCAACGCUCAAGAGACGUGCUUCCGCGACGAAACGGUCCGAGCGCGCAGCCCCCGCUCACGCUCCCUCCCCGCCUCGUCGCGUCCCCCGCUGACGCGCCCCUCCCCGCCUCGCGACGCGCAGUGUGCAGAGGACCCGCCCCCGCCACGUCCGUGGACUCCCGACGGCUGCUCGGCCGGCGGCGUUUUGACGUGCCGCUUCUGCGGCUUCCUCCAUUUCCCUGACUGCCCGCCCGCGCCGCCGCCCUCUCUGCCGUCGCCACCGUCGCCGCCAAAGUGCGAUGGGUGCUCGUGGACCCUCGACUACGCGUGCCCCGGCGAGAUGCCUGGUUAUGCCGUGCCCGGCAGGAAAGGGAUUGCAAAAGCGGACGGCUCCGAGUGCUUCAACUUCUGCUGCGUCUCGCCGCCGCCCUCGCUGCCCUCGCCGCCGCGGCCGCCUCCUGCGUUUGCCUUGAACGGGGUCUUCGACGGCGAGAUCGAGGCGGCCUCCACAGAGCGCCGCCUCGCCCACACCGAGCUGCUGCGCGCCUUCGCAAUCGACGGAGACGCGGCGGGCGGCGACGAAGAGCUCGAGGUGCUCAGCAUGCACAGCCCUCGCGACGGGGGGGGGGAGGUGGCGGAUUGGAAGACCGUGGUCCAGACCGUGGGGAGCCGGCCUCCAGACACGGGCCCGGGCUGGUCGAUGCCUCGGAGGGCCGCCCUCCCCCCUGCACGCACUUCCCCGCCCUCCCUGCUCGACGCCUCGCCCACGGCGCCGGCCGACGCCGAACCCGCUGGAGGCGACGGCUCGAGCGACGUCUCCUGCUCCUCGGCGAUGUCGAACCAGCUGGGCACGCACGUCUCCGCCAUCAAAAACCUCUACAAGUAG